AUGAUAGCACUGCUUCUCCAUCUGCUCAAGUUCUUCCCGGUCUCACUUGACCCGCGAUCACUAUGGGACAACGCGGCGAUCUUGAAACGGAGAGAGCGACUCAAUCGGCUCGUCGGAAUCCUCAACGACCCAAACGAGUUUUCCAACAACCUCAAUGCAUUCGAAUUGACCAUCCUUAGCACGCCAGCUCAUGAGAUCGUCGCCCGGAUCGGCAGUCGUCGCUUGAAUUGGAACGCCAAGAACGUCUUGAAGGCAUUCAUAAAGGCUGCCAUCCAUGCUCAUGUUGAGACUAAUUGUCUCACAGAAAUCAUGUUCGAAGAAGCGCUUGAAAGGGCUGAUCAACUGGAUAAAGAAUUCGCAGCCACCGGGCGCUUGAGAGGAAGGCUGCAUGGCAUACCUGUGAGCUUAAAGGAUCAAAUUAAUGUCGAAGGGUUUGAUUCAACAAUUGGGUUUACCAAAUUUGUAAAUCAGCCUGCUGGAGAAAAUGCCCCAGUGGUCGAUCGACUGAUCGAGGAAGGCGCGAUUCCUUUUACAAAAACAAAUGUCCCCCAGUCACUGUUUUCAUUUGAAUGCUCUAACCCGAUAUUCGGACCCACUCAUAAUCCUUACAAGCGUGGUUUUACAUGCGGUGGUAGCUCGGGUGGUGAAGCUGCCUUACUUGCAAGUGAUGGAAGCUGUUUGGGUAUAGGCUCCGAUAUAGGCGGAAGUCUUCGAAUUCCGGCUCACUACUGCGGAUGCUACAGUUUAAAGCCGUGUAGCGGGCGGAUCGUUCAAGACGGGACGAGAAGAGCCAAUGAUGGGUACACAGAAAUUUUGGGAGUGAUCGGACCAAUAUCCUACGAUGUCUCGCAAAUUUGGAUUGAUUCCACUGGACGAUUCCGAUACGAGAUCUUCGCUCCCUUGGUUGCAGAAGAUACACCGCCUUCGUUGAAAUUCGGCUUCUUCACUUCCAAUAACUUGAUCGAGACAAGUAGUCCUUGUCGGAGAGCCGUCCUUGAAACCGUCGAAGUCUUGAGGUUGGCUGGAUAUGAUUGCGUGGAAAUAGAUGUGACUCGACUAGACAUCCUGGAAGGAUUGGUUAUUUAUGUCGGACUCUCUAGUGCGGAUGGAUACCAGACAAUGCUUUCUCAUGUGGGCAGUGAUCAUAUAGACUGGUCUAUGUUUUUAACAACGAUUGGGUGCAAGUUACCGAAUUGGUUUCGAUGGACACUCUCCCGAGCACUGAAAUAUCUUGUACGUAAUGAAAUGAUGGCUAAGUUGGUCGAAGCGAGUCGAGCCAAAAGCACGGGAGAACUCCAGCAGUGGAGAGUAAGGAGAGAUGCAUAUUGUCUCAAAGUCAGAAGCUAUUUAUGGGAAGAAUUGGAACUGGACGGGUUAAUUUGCCCCACGCAGGCGGUUCCAGCUAUCCCCAUGGGAUCUUCGUGGAACAAGUCUUUCAUAGCGGAGUCCACCCUAAUUUGGAAUUUAGUAGACUCGACGGUAGGCCAACUGCCGAUCACUCGAGUGAACGUCCAAAAGGAUCAAUUCCAGAGUGCCACCGAGUCGAUGACGAGGGGUUCGCGAAGACAAGUAGAGAUGACCCAAGUGACGAAGCUCUUGCCUACAAUCGAAGAGAGUGAAGGCUUGCCUGUUGGGAUCCAACUCGUAUGCGGACUUUGGGAAGAGGAGAAAACGUUGGCUUUGAUGGGAGUGAUCGAGAGAAGUUGGAACAAUCGUCCAAACCAGAACGCGCCCCUCUCCAGGCCUGGGGACUUCAUUGCCGAGAAGCAGAGAUUAGGUAUCGCUAAUUCCCGCCAUUGA